GAGUGAAGUUUCACUAAGACCUGUUCAUGUGUUGUAACUUGUAUGUUAGUUGUUAUGCCUGAAGGGUGUAUGUAAAAAUUCCUGAACUAAAACUGAUCAGCUCUUUUUCUUUUUUCUCCUCUUAAAAGGGAAAUUGCUAGUUUGACAAAGUUCAAAGAUUGAGUUUGUGGGGUUCAAUUUUAUAGUGUGUGAAGUAAUGUCACAAAGUUUUGAAACAUACUAUUCCUUCACUUGGUUUUUGGAGUUGUGUUAGUGUGAUAACACAGAACUCAUAUAGGAAUCUUUCUUUCUGAAACUUGUUAAGUGCUAAUUAGACAAACUUUGAGUUGGAAAAAAGUAUUAAAGUAGUUACUUCAAGUGGUUGACCUUGAGGAAGAAGAAACUACCAUCACCAUGGAAAUGGAAGGGAGGGGAUUCUCUGGCUUGUACAAGAACACAAGUGAUGAGUUGUUCCUCAAGACUGUGAUUGAGAGCCCUAUUGGAAUGCCAGUUCCGACCAUGGAGACCUUGGGAUUCAAGAAUGUUUCUCAAAGCUUUCGCGUCGACAGCGAGGAGCUCUUCAAACGCUGGCUAACUAAUGGAGAGGUUUACAAUUCAUCAAGCAUGGGACUUAACAGGCGAUUAUCAAAGAGGGUGUCCACAGAACUCGCUAAUGUGUCUAAUCAGCAGCAUGUUGGUGUAAUUUCAGAAGAAAGAAGCAAUGACAAAUCAUAUGUACAAACUAAUAACCCUUUAUCCAAUGAUGUUUCAGGUGACUUUAAUUUUUCAGUCAGAGAUCCUGCAGAUAGAGAACUGCAACCUGGUAACUUGUUCCUGGCCAAGGCAUGGUUUCUUAGCGAUCAAAGAAUGACUAGGAGCCGGUCGUCCGAAUUGAGGAGGAGGUAUACUGAAAUGCAAAAUGCGCAGGCAGCACAAGGUAUCGAAUCUAUGUGCAUGGUGCCUCAACAUGGUGAUGGUAUUGACACUCUGAAACAAGAAGCAGCAAAUUUAAAUGGUAUUGAUUAUCACUCAAUGUAUGAGCUUCCAAACCAGCAGCGAUCAUUCAUGACUCCAUCCAACUCAUCUUCAUCUACCUUCAAGACACUUCAAUUCGGUGAUGCAGAUAAAGUUUCAUCUUCUGUGAGCAUACUAAAAGACACACUGCAACGCAAGAGAGCCGAGAAGGAAGCCGCAGAUAAAAGCCUAAAUGGAAUCUUCUGUCCUCAAGAACCUGUUUUCCAAACUAGUUUUCUUGAAGGACAAGAAAAUUGGAGUCAUCAGAAGCCAGUGAAUGUUCAAGCUAUGUCCAAUGGCCAAGUUGAUCACGGAGUCCUGCAAACGCUCGAAGGAUCGAUGAACUUUGUUAUGGAUAGCUUUGCUAAUCAGACAAACCAAAUGUAUAUAGGGACAGCUUCACAAGAACCUUCUCAAAGUGAAUCCUCCGCUGCUGCACCUGUUGUCUCCUCUGGUUUAGAUGCUUGUGAAGGUCCCAGCAAUUCAAAUCAAACUCUCGGCGAGAGCUCAUGGAAACAAGUGGGAGUGAGUAAAAGUUCCGAGAAUACUCAAAAUAAAGUCAAAGGUUUCAGAGAACAGAUAAUGGAUAAUCUCAAAGAUGAUCGAAAGAGGAGAAGUCUAGACAGAUAUGGAUCUGUAUCAUCAGCAGUCUCAGAGGAAAAAGUAGACACUACAAAAAAGCGCAGGGUGGAACGUUCAAGGAAAAUGGCUGAGGCAAAGGAAAGAAACUUAACACCAUCAGUUCCCUCGGACAUGCAAGCUGUCUUGAAGCGGUGCGAGACCCUUGAAAAGGAAGUCCGGUCGCUAAAACUUAAUCUGUCCUUCAUGAAUAGGAAGGAUUCUGAACAGACAAAACAGAUAGAAGACCUUCAGAAGCAGAACGAAGAGUUGGCAGACGAAAAAGAGCGCCUCCUAGAAGAGAUUGAAAGAAUGUUAUCAGAAAAUGGAAAAAUCUAAUGCUUUUGUAUCUCACCAUAGUUAAGUUAUGGGGGACAGUUUAGGCCAACACCUGAUAAAUAGUGAACCUCUGAAAUCUAUUUGCAAAAUAUUCCGUAAAUCUCAUAUUGAUUUUGUAACUUGUAAAAUCUAACUGUUAUCUGAGAUUUGAGAAGUGCAGAUUAGGAUAUCAUAUUGCUAAUGAAUUUGGUGAACUAGAACAUGAAUCUAAUGUACUUAUAAAGCUUAGCAUCAUUUAGGGUUGUAAGAAAUGUGCAAAUGCUAGUAGGCUAUAUAACAAGUGUUUGGCAUUCGGAUUCCAUCUA